AGUUUUCGUUGGUCCUCGGAGAAGGCGACUGACAAGCGGACGAUGGAAGUAGAAGAACCGCGUCGCUCGGGGAAGUACAGUUGGAGGAUCGACAGCUUCUCCAUGAAGAAGAAUGAAAACAACUUCCGCUCCGAAGCGUUCACUGUUGGAGGCUGCGAAUGGCGAAUACUUAUAUAUCCUAAGGGGAACCGCACGGGCGCGCAGUCUCAUUUGUCAAUAUACUUAGAGGUUGCGGAUGCUGCAAUAUUGCCAGAUGGAUGGUGCAGAGUUGCCAAGUCUGUGUUCACUUUAGUCAAUCAGGAAAGCGGAGUGGGCUCAACAAAAAUCGAGUCUCGUCUAAAUAGGUUCGGGGCAGGAACGCACAAUUGGGGGUUCGAGCAGUUCAUGCCUCUGGCUGUGCUUCACGACCACACUAAAGGUUAUGUGGUUAAUGAUACUGUGGUUCUUGAGGUCGAGAUUACUCUCCAUGAGGUUGCUCCGCCAAUCGAGUUAACCACACAAAUGAGCAGGCUUGACUCUUAUUUCAGCUGUCUUUCUGUUUAUUUCGGUGCUGCUGGAAACUCUGAUUUAAGAGCAGGAUCGGCUUCACGUACAUGGACCAUUGAUUUGGCUUCGGACUCUCCGAGCGCAGAUGAUAUAGAGAAGGCCAAGCACUCCUUGAAGGAAUGCCUGUCAGAUCUCUUCAGGUUGAACAUGACAGAUCGGCUUUCUUCAGCCUUGUCGAUCUUGAGCCAUGCCCGAGCUGGGUUGUCUCCUGAUCAGCAGAGAUCGAUCGAGACGUUUAAGGCCAACUUUGAUGAUUUUGUCUGCGACUUGUUAACCUUUGAGCAAGACAAUUCCGAUUUUGAGCUGCAGAAAAUCACUUGGAAUCAUUUAUAUUCAGCAAUGAAGAAGAAUCACGAGACUCACCUUUCAUACAAGCAGUCAUUUGAUGGCCUCACCGAGGAAGAGGAAGAGCUCAAGAAGAGACUAAAGGAAGUCUGCUCCAAAAAGGUGAAGCUCACGUCUAAUUGGGAAAAUCUGAUGAAUGAGUCAGAGGGAGUGAAAUCGAGAUUCGCAAUUCAGGAGAAGAAGCUAACAGAGGCCGAGGAGAAGAAGAAAGUAGCUGAGGAAAGGAUGUCUAGAUCAACCAGUGCUUGGUCCAGUUUGAAGGAACAAUUCCUUUAAUCUUUCAGGUUGCCAAGUGAAGAUGGCUGAGAAACUUCAAGCUGCAAGAAAACUGGCUCUUUCCUGUUGCACUGAGGGAUGACAUUGAAAUGCGUUCUGUCAAAACCUUUUUAGCUUUAGAAUCCUGAUUGUUUGGGCUGUCAUUUUGUGUUUGCUAUGUUUCUUUUUAUUUCCGAUGGGUUUUGCCAGGAGGAUUAAGCUCAUCUCAGUAACAUUAAAUUCAUGGCAGUCCCAUAUAGUCUGGGAAGUUAAUCCGUGCGGAAUAGUUAAUCCGUGCCCCACCUAAUCCGGCGAACCAAACGUGCCCUAAAAGUCCUGAUGGAUCCUGCCAAAUCCUUGGAUGGCUAAAAGGGAAGAAGAUGUGCAGCCCUCGUGUUUUGAAGUCACUGGGAGAAUUGAUUAAGGAUUGGUCGGUGGCAUGGGAUAUUGACUGGUUGAUGCCCCAUUUAUUAUGUUUGAUUGAUGGAUGUCUCAUUGAAUACUAUGAACUUUCAUCAGGACCAACAGGUGAUUAUGAACAGAGGUGGGAAAUUGAGUUAUUUCUGUACUUUUUUUCCAUGUGCAGGUGCCUUCGGUUUUAUAUCAUACUAGGAUACUGAUAUUCGAUAUGAGUGACUCGUGAUUGUAGUGCAAGUAUCUGAUAAAAAUUUGUAUCUUUUAUAA